GUUGCGUAGAAUUAGUGCUGUGUGUGGCUCAUGGUUGUGCGUGUUGGUGAUAUAGAAAUCGUUAGCGGUUGAAGGUUGAUUCUCGCAGCAGCACGAGGGAGAUGCUAUUGGGUUUUGGUAGGUGUGGAUCAGAAGAAGAAAAUGAGGCGGGAUUGAUGAGGGAUUCUACCUCAAUCAGGUUCUGUGGAUUGCAUUCGCGAUCAAAGUCAUGGCUGCAGAGAAGGAUAAGGUAUUGACGGGUGUAGCUGAGACGCUGGCUUCCCAGAGCUUGGGCGAUUCUUCUUUACCUGUGAACUUUCAUGGUAACCUGGCCGUAGUCAACUAUGGUGCCCCAUGGUGUCAUGUAUGUCAGCAUAUGCUGCCUACGUUUUGCAACUUGAGCAACGAGUAUGCUUCAGCAUUGUUUAUCUACGCAGAUGUGGACAAGUGUUAUGAAACUACAAGAGAUGUGCGCUACACCCCAACCUUCCGCUUCUAUCGCGAUGGUGAGAAGGUAGAUGACUUCUAUGGUGCUGGUCCGCAGAGACUACGAGACCGAAUCUGGCUGCACACUUGAUCAUCCCCUUUCUGUUGUAUCCUCAUUGCUUUAUUCCACACUAGAGUUGAGUGGUUAGUUAUCAUUUAGUACAGACAAGGAUCAUACUUCGUCCAUUUCAAGAGGUUGUUUUAUUGGACUCGGAAUUGCAGACGCAAGGAUGCAGCUUCGUCACCAUAUUCAUUAUAGCUUUUUAGUCCAGUCCAAUCGUAUGCACGAACAGUAAAAAAUGUGCUUGAAACUCAACCCAAAUGUUUGAAGAGCGUCGGUAUUAAGAAUGUUGUGGUAUACUGCGGAGGGCUUGUAUCACUUACGAUUAAGAACUCAACACUGUUCUUUCCCAGUCAGAAUUUGUAUUCAAGACGUCUUGUUUCAAUGACUUGACCUAUGUGAGAAAACAGUGAACAUUAUUCUUUCCCACGUCA